AUGGCUUCCUCCUGCGCAUCCUCCAGCUCUUCCGGCUCUUCUCCCUCCGCCUCCUUCUUCUCACGCUCCUCUCGCUCGACCGUGCCGUCUGAAGCGCAGUCAGGCAUUGGGCGUCUGCCGCAACAAGCGACACUUCCUGCCCUCGAUGCCGAGCAGAAGCGUUCGACUAUCCGCCUUCCUCUCCAGCUUCCUUCUCCGCCGGCCCCUUUCCCUGAAGUGGACCUUCACUCGCUCAUUGUCGACAAGGAGCUCGAGGAUGCCCCGCUCGGUCUCGCAAUCGGCAAGAUGCGUGAACUUGGUCCUUCCCUCCUCGUUUCGACGACGUCGACUUGCCUGCACAUCCCGCCUGGACCGGAGAUCCCGCCCUACCUCCUCGCCACCCUCCCCUCUUCACCCGCACCCGCCCCUUCGGUCUUCCUCCCCUCUCACGUCCUCGCGAUUCGCUCCAACGAUUCCCCACGCACGCUCCUCCUUCCCGUCCACGGCCUUCUUUGGGCCGCUAUGUCGCCGCCCCUCUCCAUCCUCAGUUCGAAGCCGGACAAGCAGCCCUCGCACCCAAGUCUCCCUCACGUCCCGCCUCCCGCCGCUUUCACCGAUUCCGCUCGCUCGUACCUCCCCGUCGUCCAAGUCAGCCUUCCGUCAUCGGCAGCUUUCCCGCUCCUUCAAGCCUACGCCUACCUCCGUUCCCCAGCUCUCCUCCUUUCCUCGCUCCUCCCUCAGCCUCCGGCGUCUCCAGCUAAGCCCGCGCCUCCUCCCUCGCUCUCGCACCUCCUCAACCCGUCGACGUCCGCAACACCCUCUCCGUCUGCCCACCAGCAGACACCGCAAGACCUCAUCCGCUCGCUCUCCUCUCUCCCGGUCACCACCCUCCUUCGCCACAUCCACCUGGUCCACGGGCUCUGGCAAGACGUCGUUGCGCUCCAGAUCGGCGACGCUGAAUUGUGGAGGGCGAUGGCGCUCGCCUGGAAGCUGCUCGUUACUGCGCUCGGAGGUCGCGGCAGGAGCGCGAGCAGGGCGGAGUCACCGGCAGGCGAGGUGACGGCCUGA